AGUGAAGGUUUAUGAUAAUAUCCAAGAGGCGAAAGCAUGCGACAGAGUUCUUACAUUUGAUUGGCAUUCAUUGGAGAAAGCACAAGAGAUAAUUGAAGAAUCGGAUAAUGAAUUACUUGGGGAUGAUAAUGAAUUACUUAAUAAUGAUGAUGAAUUACCUGGGAAUGAUGAUGAGAUGGAAAUAUUUAGGAAAAAGUUUGAAAGACCAAUUCCUAUUACUUCUAAUACUAAGUUUAUACAGUGUGUCAUUAUCAACAAUGAUAAUAAUCAACAUACAAUCCAAAGGUGUAAUAAUGCGGGAGUUCGUUGUGUGAAGCAACUGUCCAGUAUAUGGAAAAUUGAUUCUUGGGCUGUAAGAGAAGUUGAAGAUGAUGUUUCAAAGUUAGAGCUUGUCAAUUCAAGUGAGGAACCAAUAGAAAAUCAGAACCUUUUCGGCUUAAGUUCUAUUAUGAAAGAAUGGCAAACAAAGAUGGAUACAGUAUUUGAUCAAUUGAUCAGUUUAGAGUCAACAUUUGAUAUUGAACAUAUUGAUGCAGCCAUUAAGAAAAAUAUCAACUCGGCAUUCUUUGUGGCAUCUCCAAACGUUGUGAUUCUCGAACCAGGAGAGGCUCCAAAUAAAAAUAAACAUGUUCAUCAGGCUGUCAAUAUGUUUUUAGAAGAUUUUGGAUACACGGAAAAUAGUAUCUUAAAUCUAGUGUGUAAUGAAGUAAUCUAUCAUCAUAUGAAAGAUUACAAGAGCGAUGAACAGACGAUAUGCUGCAUUCUAGGACAAUGGCAUGCAAAUAAAGCAAUGUACAGUGCACUAAUUGCUGCUUUUUUAGGAUACAGGCUUUUUGGGCUUGCCACACAACUUGGUGUUAUGUUUUUUGAUAAACUUGAGCAAGUUGCUGACUAUCGGGCAACAUUUUGA